UUGGAUACUGUGGCUCCAUGGUCAGAUGCAUCGUGCCGAGCUUCAACUACAAACGCUGUCUUGAGUCCAUAGGCGUGUCUGUAAACUGUAAAGUCUGAGCCCAGAGCAUCAAAAUGGUCGCAUAUGACGUCAUGAGCGAUGUUCUCGUUCCAAGCAAGCUCCGGGUUACGGAAUAUCUGUGUUGUCAGUCGUGUAGUAGUUGUUGCCAAGCGGAUUGCAAUUUACCGUAUCAUUGAUUGCUUUGAUCUCUUCAAAGUGCUGCUUUAUACUCUGCUCUAUGGGCUUCAGAUAUCUCCCGUCAAAUGCUGAGCUGUUGCUGUCCAUGGGUUCGUGGACCUCCCGAGGUAUGUAAGUGGUUUGGCAUGAAGGGGCCAGAAAGAAGGAGGGGCGGGGAUCUCAAUCCGCGAGGCCGUGGGGAACAUUCAAUAUGCACCCCGUACCGGAACAACCACCACCAGUUCGGACCAUGGCUCGCCAAGUUAGCUCCAAGCAACAGCGUCGUACUGCACAACGGAAGAGGAGUUGGGCGGGGUGGCCACGCCAUGCCGCGAUUCUCGGCCGUCGAACCAUGGCUGAUGUUGCAAGACCUCCGACACCGCACGAUUCUCGUCCCAGGCCGGACACUCGUGCACCCCUUGUGUGCUUCUCGUGUGCUAGCGUUUCCACCAAGUGACCAUUGUCUCUCGUCAAUGCCGUUUGUGGCACGGGCAAGCCUGCAGCUGGAUCAGUUCCGUGCUGCAUCUCGCCCUCAGGAUCAGCCACGCCGUUAAACAUGACUGCUUCCGCUACAUUCCUGCCCACAUCGACCAGGGUACA